AGAAAUGGGCUGAAUAAAUGACUCACGACCACGGUCCUCCCACAUCAAGUACUCGGGAUAAGAUGGCGGCCGAGGGAGAGUACGAGUCGAUCCUGUGCGUUAAACCAGAUGUCAACGUUUWCCGCAUCCCGCCUCGUGCUUCGAACCGCGCGUACAGGGCUGCUGACUGGAAGCUAGACGCUCCGGACUGGUCCGGUCGAAUGAGAAUAACGGCCAGAGGAACAGUAGCAUUCAUCAAACUAGAAGACAAGGUCUCAGGGGAACUGUUUGCCCAGGCACCUGUGAAGGAAUACCCCGGCGUCGCUGUGGAAACCGUCAGCGAUUCCAGCCGAUAUUUUGUUCUGAGGAUACAGGAUGACAGCGGCCGCAGCGCUUUCAUAGGAGUUGGCUUUGGGGACCGAGGAGACGCUUUUGAUUUCAACGUCGCUCUGCAGGAUCAUUUCAAGUGGGUGAAACAGGAGAGUGAAAUCAGUAAAAGCAACCAGCUCGGGGAUUCAGGACCAAAACUGGAUUUGGGUUUUAAGGAGGGACAGACAAUCACACUGAAUAUAGGACAGGGUAAAAAGAGGGAUAAGCCCCGUCCACAAGGCUCAGCGGGGGUUGGACUCCUGCCACCACCACCUGGAGGGAAGAUAGCUCCGCCUCCUUCGUCUGGCUCUUCUAACCACAACACAGUUCCCCAGACAGCCGGCACAGCAACAAGCUGCCUCUUGGAGUUGGACAGCAGUAACUCCAACACAGUGGUUCAGUCCAAUCAGAGCUCAGAUCUACUCUGGGGGGACUUUUCAGCUCCAGCGAGUUCUGUUCCUCCUCCAUCAACGACUCAAAGCUCCACAAACUGGAUCCAGUUUUGAGCCGUCGCUGCUCACGUCAGAUGUGAUGUUUCAUCUCGCUGCAUUCGCGUCCAUGGCUUCCUGUGAACCUCACUGAGAGCAUCUCCCACACCACCACCCUCCUCAGAGCAGAGAUUACAAACCCCAGUGUUCUGUUAAAGYGUGUAUUCCCUCUCAAAUCCUGCUGACAGCAAAUGAAGCAUUAAUGACUUAAAGCCAUGAAAUUAUAUGAGCCAUCUGCAACAAUAUAUAAGGGCUAUGUGGCAGGUGUCGCUCCUUCAUGUGUUUACAUCGGUUCGCCUGUAGGGGUCCCUGUGAGCAGAGCUUUCUUUUAUGGACCGAGAUGGAUUCACAUUUUGUCUGUGUGACGGCGCCCUCUGCUGGCACCAAAGAGUACUAAAYGUCAACAAAUACRGUUUAUUAGCGCCCUUUYAAAAGUGCUGAAAAUAUGCAAAAAGCAAAAUGGAGCUACAGAAAAAUACUAAUUUAAGAUAAAUUAUAUAAAUAUGUCUAUAUUCAAUUAGGAUUAGCUCUUAUUUUUUAUAAAACAAAAUGUAAKAUUUUUUUCUUUGUACAGCAAAAAGCAAUUGAGAAAAGAAAAGCUACACAUAACUUUGUGUAGCUUUGCCCUUUCGGCUGAAGUUAUUUCACUGGUUCUAAAUCACUAAAUACAAAYGUAAAUGCAAUCACAUGACCRUAAAAAAUGUGUAUUUGAAAACCAGUGUGAAAAUCAAAAUAUGUAYUUUUAAGUCACUGGCUUUAAAAAAGUUGCUGCUCUUGUAGUUUCACAGAGGAAUUAAAAUUAUGGUUUAGGAUGCUGAAUUUAUUUAAAGGUGAUGGUGAUAUUAUUGGGGAGGUGUCCUCAUAGAURUAUACAGAUGCAUCAGUAUAUGUGGGAUUAUUGGCUCCACAAUUUUAUGGUUAUAUAGUGAAAAUUAUGUGUCAUUGUCUUACAGCAUGUUCUGUCUACAGCAAAAACAAUAGUGGUUGGAAAUCAUUCUUUCCAUAUGUUUUUUCCAUCUAUACUCUGUAUUUUAAAGAAGCACAUAAGUUAAAAUAUGGAAUAACCUUAARUGAAUCUGCUGCUCAAACAGAAUACCUAAUCUCAUGUAAUCUGGCCAAGAGAUCGGCUCAGAAAAAAACAAUUUCUCCUUCAGGAUAUCAUAGGGAGGCUCUUCUGUGGCGGUUAUUGUCAAGUCAUUGCUCUGCUUUUGGCAUUUAAUGCUUUCAGUGUCAUCACUGUCACUCAAUCRUGAAAUUUAAUUUAAAGGAAGCAGUGAAAACAUCUCUUCUGCUUUGAUUAAUGUAAGUUUAAAGAAAAAGUGGACUGGAAGUAAAAUGUUUGGUUCAGAUACAAACAGCUUUUUGCCUUGGACUGAUGUUGUGCUGCACAAUAAAACAAAUAAUUGCUCCUCAAUUGGACUUGUACAGUUUUGAUGCCUUCUGAUAUGUGGAAAGUUAUCAUAAAAACAAUUUUAACAGUGAAAUACUUUGAAGGCUGGACUGCAAAUGUGUGAAGUGUUUUUAUUUUAGGUGAAACUGUUUCCUGUGAGCUUGGACGUGCAUAAAAACUGGAACGAGCCGGUGUGGUCUGGAAAAUCAAACAUUUUCCAGUCAGUAUUCUAAAAACUCACCAGAUGUGUCAACAUGUCCUAGAAUGAACUGAGCUGUUUGGAGAUGUGAGAGGACCAGCCUGAGCACUGGAGGAAAAACUAAAUGAUUGUGUUGCUUCAUUCUGAAUGUGUUAAUGGCAGCAGAUGAAAUGUUGAUCUUUUUGCGCUAAAAGUCUUAUGAAUUUAGACAAAGUUUACAUUAAUUUAUUUGAAUUGUAUUAUUGACUGUAAUUUAAAAUGAUCUGCAUAAAUAUGGAAGAUGUGCUGUGAUCAGAUCACAUAAASUGUAAUUGACUGGCAUUGAGAUAUAGGACUGACUUGUUUAUGUUGUCAUGUGUUACGUUUACAUUACUCAUGUUGCCAGAUCAAAUAUCAUGUCCUUCAUUUAUUGCUUCUUCCAUUCUGGAUGUAAAUUCACUAACUCUUGAUUUAUGACCAGUUCAAYGAAAGGGAGGCAAUAAAACCUUUCAAAGGAGGAAGUUUGUACUUUAA